AAGAAGACGAUAAAUAAAUAAGUAAUUUACAAGAUUAUCCCCUCGUCUCUCGCAGUUCCAGAAUAUUGAAGAGUCAGGCCAGAUUUGCAAACCCUUAAUCGAUCCGAGAAGGAAAAGGAAUCACUCUUCGAAUUAUUCUUAGAGAAGAGAAAGGGUAGCCAUGACUGGCCGCGGAGGCAGGGACAGAUCGCGACGUGACCAUCCGCCGUCGGGAAGUUUGGGGAGGAGCAAUGCUCCGCCGUCGAGACACCUUUGGGUGGGGAAUCUAUCGCACAGUAUAUUAGAGCCGGACCUCACGGACCACUUCUUACAGUAUGGGGAACUAGAGAGCGUGGCUUUUCAGCCAGGUCGAAGCUACGCUUUUAUCAAUUUCAAAAACGAAGAAGAUGCUAUUUCCGCCAUGAAGGCGCUCCAGGGUUUCCCUGUAGCGGGGAAUCCGCUUAGGAUUGAGUUUGCCAAGGCGGACAAGUCAUCGACAUCAUUACGUGAUGAAGACUACUUGCAACGUCGAGAUGAGCAGCGUUCUACAGUAAGAGGGUCCCCUUUCUCACCAAGGGACCCUAGAGCACAUCAUGCUAGUCCUGAACAUUUUGCCUCUGACAAAACAAAAAUGACUGAUAGAAGUGCAGAGCCCAGUGAGGUCCUAUGGAUAGGAUUUCCAGCUUUAUUGAAAGUGGAUGAAGUGAUUUUAAGGAAGGCUUUCUCGCCAUUUGGUGAGGUAGAGAAGAUUACUGUGUUUCCAGGUCGUAGUUAUGCUUUUGUUCGGUUUAGGAGUGUAAUUUCAGCUUGCAGGGCAAAAGAAACUCUUCAGGGGAAGUUAUUUGGGAACCCCCGUGUUCAUAUUUGUUUUGCAAAGAGUGAGGGCGGGCCAUCCAACAGUGGAAGAGGCUCGGUGAAUGCCCCCAACUCUCCUCAUUUCAGGUUAAAUGGUCGGUUGGGGUCUUCUGAGAACUUUCUGCAGGAUAGGAAUUUUUCAGAGUUAACAGAAGAUGCAAGCAUCCGAUCUCCUUAUAUGCCAAAUUUUGAUUCUGGUGAUUCUGAUGUCUAUAGUUUCAAUAGGCAAGGUAGUUCACGGAGUGCUGGAAAUACAUAUGAACCCUGGAGGUUUGGAGAAGGGGGGCCUGAUCCUCGACUACCACAAGAUUUGUAUGAACAUAGUAAAAGUCCAAUGAGAUUCCAUGACUUUCCUCCAAAAUUACCCCAGAAAACUGCAUACUAUGAAGAACCAUGGGAUAUGCCUGAAGACACCUAUUCCACCCAUGGAACCAAGAAAUUGAAAACUGGCUCCUUUCCUCCUGAGAAAGAGCUACCGGAGUAUCCUUUAUCUGAUCUUGAACAGGAAAAACGUGCUUUUCCAAGGAUACUCUCUGAUUUUCCUCAAUCUGAGGCCUUUGAUAAGAACUUUGAACCUGGAGCUUUUGGGUAUAAACAGAUUCCUGAUCGGCCAAUGAAUUUAGCUCCAACUCAUGGGGAAAGGAAUGAUCACUGGAAACCAUCUUACGAUGCUUUUCAAGUAGGAUCUGGUUCUCUACAAUCAAAUGUAAUUGAAAGGAAAAGAUUUACUCCUGAAAUGGAUCCGCCAUCUUUGAAAGAGUGGAAGUGGGAGGGGACAAUAGCCAAGGGUGGAACUCCUGUCUGUCGUGCUCGAUGCUUCCCUGUUGGGAAAGUCCUUGACAUCAUGCUGCCUGAAUUUUUAGAUUGCACGGCAAGGACUGGUCUAGACAUGCUUGCAAAGCACUACUAUCAAGCAUCUAGUGCUUGGGUUGUUUUCUUUGUCCCUGAAAGUGAUGCUGACAUGGGAUUCUACAAUGAAUUCAUGCAUUACUUGGAAGAGAAGCAGCGGGCAGCUGUUGCUAAAUUAGAUGAUAAGACCACCUUAUUUCUUGUACCACCAUCAGAUUUUUCAGAGAAAGUACUGAAAGUACCUGGGAAACUGAGCAUUUCAGGUGUUGUUUUGAGAUUAGAGCAUUCUGGUUCCAGUUUAGGGUCUUCUCAUCCAAAUGAAAGAAAAGAUGCAAGCUUGUUACCUUUUCAUGGUGACACAUCUUUUGCAAAGCCAUCAACACCUUCAGGGCCAUUUCCUUCAAUGACAUCUUAUCCAGAAUUAAGUAGAUCAGGAAAAAAAGACAUCUCCUUUCCAGGGAAUGGGGCUACAUCUGCUCCACCUCUUUCACUUUCUGGGUCAGCUCAUUCUGUUGGAAAUGUGUCUGACUUGUAUAAUGAGCACAGACGUGAUCACGCUUCCCAGCGAAAUGCUAUGUUGGGACCAAGCUGGUCUUCUCACGAACAGCAGAAUCCAGUUUCUGGUGCCAGAAACACUCCAUCUCAAGUUUCCAGUAGUACUUAUGAUCCUGCAGUUCAGGGACAUCAGUCAAUUAUGCCAAGAGCAGUGCAAGAAACAUAUCUUAGUACUGGUGGAAUUUCAGGUAUUCCAUUAUCUGGAAACAGCAAGCCCACUGUGCAGGAAAUCAAAUCUUCUGUCCCUCUAUCUAUGCCUAUUUCAGCCCUUCAACCAGAACAACUAGCACAACUGGCAUCAUCUCUUAUUGGGCAGCAGAGGCAAGUAGGAAAUACUUCAAAUGUAUCUAUGGGGGAGAAUUUUCGGCACACAAACACAAUGGACCAGUCCGACAUGUUGAGACUACCACAGCGACAUGCUUUACAAAAUAAUCAGGCGACUCCUGAGCUUUCAACAUCUCAGUUUUCUCGAGUGCAACAGUUACAGCAGCAGACCUCAAAUGCAGUUGCAGCAGUGCCUCAAGCAGCCCAAAGAAGUCAACAAUUGCAAGGUAAUGGUAUGCAGGAAGAAGGCGAUGCAGAUCCACAGAAACGCUUGCAAGCAACAUUACAGCUGGCAGCAGCUCUCCUUCAACAAAUUCAACAGGGGAAAGGGACUUGAACAGGUUCUGGAUGUGUUGUUACUUUUAGCAGUUAGCUUAACGAAAUUUCACUGGUUUGUUUUUCAAGGGUUGGCCAUAGUUUUUAGCAAUUGUGCAUAAGGAGGGUGAAACGGCACACACUUUUGGUAUUUCCUCGGCAGCUACUUACGUUGCUUUAUGUUUGUAGAUUUGUUUAGUGAUCAAGCUGCUUGCUAGGUAUUUCCUGUUUUACUCAGUUAACAAGUCGAAGUCGAAGGCCAGCCAUGUUGAUAGCUACCUUUCUGAA